AUGUUUCUACGUUACACGACUACAGCCCUGAAGACAUUUCCAUUCCCCCGGGAGACACCUGCCAUCUCCACCCAGGCCUGGCCUGAUUUGGAGGCCCAACGUGGAUCGCUCUCCGCUGCUCUGCUGCUGCGACCACCGCUGCUGCGGCUGCUCUGUUACUGCUCUGCUGGUCUGGUCCCCUCUGACCCUUCCAGUCAUUCUCCGCCCACUGCAGCGCAGCAUCAUGCUGCGUCGCUGUUGAGAGGUUCCUUCAUCUUGCGCGCCAUGACCUCCAUCGUCAACGGAGCGACCCCCGCGCCCAAGCAGAUCCGCUUCGUCACAAACCAAGGCCAUCCGCCAUCAAAAAGACGCAGGAUCAACGCCGCAUGCCUGACUUGUCGCAAACGAAAGACGAGAUGCGCCGGCGAGCGCCCCAUCUGCUCGACUUGCGCCAAGAAUGGGCACACCUGCUUGGGGUACAAUGAAGUGAUUGAGAAGAAAGUUUCAAGUGGCACCAUCGCCACCCGAGACCCCCACCAUGACGAGGACGAGGACGGAGAGGACGACGAGGACGACGAUGACCACACUCGGGAAGAACGGGAAGAAGAAGGGGGAAACCACGACAAUAGGCAGCAUGGAAAGAAUACAGCCAGCGGUCGGCGCCUCUCUGGACUCAAAGAAGAAGGCGAACAGCCACCCAAGAGCACCACCGACGCCAACGCGGGUCACUCGCCGACAUUCUUGCGACGUUCAUCAGAACAUAGCUCUCGUGACCAAGACCAAAACGCUCGACACCGGCGACCCUCACAUCCUCGCACAACGUCCUUCUCCGACGAUGCACGCAGUACGCAGAGCCGCUCCCCUGUCUCGCACCAUACCGAGCGCCACAGGGUGCCUUACUUUCGCUACUUCGGGCCGACGGCCAUCGUUCCCGGCUACAAGCAGAUGGUGGUGUCCGUACGAGACCGUAGGCGGAGCACUGGUGGCUCUGUCGUUGCUACAUCCCCAAGUUCAGGAUCCAGCGUAGUUCAGUCCAUGGGGAUGGCUCUGUCAGGCAUACCGCAGCAUGAGGAGGUCGUCGUUGCCGACGAGGACCUGCCAGUAUACGAUCCCAACGAUACUGCGCCGGUUCAUCCUCUACUUAUACAACUAGUCGAGACCUUCUUCUUGCAUUUGGGCUGCAACUACCCCUUCCUGAAGGAGGAUAACUUCGUCCGCAUGGUCAAAGAGAAGCGAGUUGAGCCUAUUCUCGUCGAUGCCGUAUGUGCGUUGGCCGCUCGUUUCUCCGACUCGCCACAAGUCGGGCACAGCAAAGAUGAAGAGGCGUCUCAUGCAGAGCAAGGCCAAUUCUAUGCCCACAGAGCAAAGGCUGCCACAGUCGAUACCUUUCCCUGUCCGUCUGUAGGUGCUGUCCAGGCGCUUCUGAUGAUGGCUUACGAAGGUUUUGGGGCGGAUCAAGACAGCGCUUUGUGGAUGUACUUAGGUCUGGCCAUCCGCAUGGCCGUCGACCUGGGCUUGCAGAAGAUGGUCGGUGUGAUAUAUCAAGGAGAAAGAGAUCCUUGGUACACUCGUCGUGGAGACCAAGCGAGCAGUGAUGCGGGAGCAACCGAGGAACCACAAGAGGACAACAGCGGUCUCACCCGCGAAGAACAGCUCGAGGUUGAACAAGAACGUACCGAUACGUUCUGGGCAGUCUUCGUCCUAGACAGGGUGAUAUCUUCUGGAACAGGCAGGCCGGUAACCAUUCGUGACGAUGACUUCGAAUUGGCUCUGCCAGUAUCCACUCUCGACCCGGCCUCGGGCUGGCCAGCCCCUUUCCCCGUCUUCAUCCAAAUCAUUCAUCUUUACGGUCGUGUGUCCGACGUCCUGAAUAAUAUCCGCAACGCAAACGAUCUCACACGGGAGAAGUGGACGAAGCUCGCGCGGAUGGAGCAUGAGCUAACAAAGCUGUAUCAAAAGCAAGAUCCCCGACUACACUUUAGUGUCUCCAAUUUCAAGACGUACUUGAAGUUGGGGCAGGGGACGAACUUUAUCCUCCUUCACUUCUGGUUUCAUGCACUCAUCAUUAUAUUGCACCAACCCACCUUACUCACCCCAUUUGGCUCGUUAAGCCGCACUCAUCAGCUCCUACCUAACAGCCGUGAGCUUUCCAUGUCUAGCGCCAAAACCAUUGCCGAUAUCCUCGCCUUUGCAGAGCUCAUCGAUCCCAAAAGCUUCAUCGGAAACCCCUUCACGUCCCAGCCUAUGUACAUCGCCGCUUGUGCUUUCCUCAUGGAAUCUAUUGCAAAUGCGUCAAAUCCUACGUCGAGAGAAACAUCUCCGCCGACUGAACCCAAGACGGAGGGCCAGAAACAGGAACCGUCUUCGCAUGAGCAAAGGCUAUCUACGAAACAUUCUCUUCUAGCGUCGGCUGCCAACCAGAACUACUCGCGUUGUUACAAAAGUCUCCAGCAGUUACAUAAAUACUGGGGUGGAGUAAAGUACAUCCUAACGGCGCUCGAUCAGAAGUCCAAGGGGAUUUGGGACUGCGAGACAUACACCAACGAGGAGUACGAAAGCGCUCGACUGCCUCGGCGAGGCUCGAUCGGUGGCCGGUUUCCGCACCCGACGACGCCCAAUAUGCCGCCGAUAGCAUGGUCUCUCGCGGGUACGACAAAUUCACCGAACUCGAGCCUUACGCUCAUGUACCAGAAUAUGCACGCUACUCAGUCUGGCAAUCACGGCACGUCGCAACCUCAGCAAUCUAGCAUUCCCACGUCUGCGCCGACACCCCCUGGCAACAUGAUAUAUGACCCCAUUCGCCAGAGCUUACCUGAGGCGGCUCCCCAUUCCAUCUUUGCCACUGCUUAUCCCCAACCAGUCAUUUCUGCAAUGCGACACACGCCGCACCCACACCAACCGCAACGUUUUUCAGUAUCGUCUCUGAGCCCGCCUAACCAAGGAAGGGGCCAUUUACGAUUCGACGGCAUUCAAGAAGAGGAUGUUUCGUCUCCUACGAGAAACGCCGGGCCAAUGCUUCCUACAAGCUCGCACCCGCAACAUACAACAUCUUUCACACCUUCAUCACACAAUUCGGCAACAGGAUAUGAUCAUUCAAUGAUGCCGUCGGUCUCUCUAUCCGGCAACAUGCACGAUGCGGUAUCGCAGCAACACCAUAACGGGCAACACAUCGCGUUUGAUCCAACAUAUGCAAACGCGACAUACUCAUACCUUGGACAUGGUAUGGGUCCAAUCACCGAUGUCAUCACCUUUGAGAACCCGAUUGACAUUGAAGCGUUGGGUUUGCCAAACGAGAUGAUGCCACCCUGGUUAGAAUACCUGCCUGGUGAUGUCUUGGGUCUGUUUGAGAACAACAAUGUAGAUUCAGGCUCAUAA